CCAAUUUACGGUUGUGCCAACUGCCACGUAAUAUGGUCAACUGUCAAAUUGGUUGUCAAAGUCAAGUCAUAUUCUCAUAGCUAUACUUGUAUUUCUUGUCAUUCGUUUGUAAUAAAUUAUAGUAAUAAGUUUUUAUCUUGUUUAAUAAACUAAUGUUAUGGGUUCUUCCCAAAGCACUGAAGUUCCAGGAGGCGGCUCCGAAGGGUAUCAUGUUUUACGGGUCCAGGAUGGUUCUCCAGGUCAGAUCGCCGGACUUGAAGCGUUCUUCGAUUUUAUAGUUGCAAUAGAAAAUGUCCGGUUAGAUCAGGACAAUGAUACUUUAAAAGAAUUACUUAAGAAAAAUGUUGGAACCACAAUAAGAAUGAUGGUUUACAGCAGUAAAAGCCAAUCCGUGAGAGAGAUAUUGAUACAGCCUAGAGCUGACUGGGGUGGUCAGGGGCUACUUGGAGUCAGUAUAAGGUUCUGUUCCUUUGAAGGAGCUAAUGAAAAUGUGUGGCAUGUUUUGGAAGUACAUCCAUCAUCACCAGCAGAGUUAGCAGGAUUAAGACCUUUCUCCGAUUAUAUUAUUGGAGCUGAUUCAAUCAUGCAUGAAAGUGAAGACCUGUUUACUCUCAUAGAGGCACAUGAAGGAAGGGCCCUGAAGCUGUAUGUGUACAACAUUAAUGACGACACAUGUCGUGAGGUGCUGAUCACCCCCAACUUGAGCUGGGGAGGUGAAGGUAGUCUUGGGUGUGGUAUAGGCUAUGGCUACCUGCACAGGAUUCCAAUUAGAAGUCCCCCUACAGCACCAACCCAAACUCCCUACAGUAAUACCCCUAAGGUUCCACUACAAUCUCCCGAAAUCCAAAACAACUUGGUUUCUGACAUACAAAAUUUGAACCUAAAUGAAGACAAGACUCCUCUGAUGGGUGCACCUCAAGUUUCAAGUGUAUCACCCCCACCAUUCUUGUCUGGAGUUCCAAUGGUUAACCCUGGGAGCUUUCCUGCCAGCAAUGCACCAGCAAGCAAUCAGCAUGAGCAGCUGAGUCAACAGCCAUUAAUACAGCCAUACCCAACUUCCCAAGCUCAGUCUAUGGUUUCUAACAUGGCUGCCUAUUCUAGUAAUCUGGCCGAUACUACUUUAACCAAUUUGGGGAGCAUACCAUCAGUGUCAAACAUGCAACCCCCUGCGCCGCUGCCCAGCUUGCCCGGGAUUCCCAUGAACCAGCCUCAACCAUAUAUACCGAUGAUGCCUAACUACACUCAGUCCCAAGUGCCGCCACCCGUUCCCAUCCCGCAAACGGCUCCAAACUUAGUCCCAACAUUUGAUAUGAGUACCUUUGCGCCUGUUCAGCCGCCGCCGAUGUCGAGUGGUCUACCAGUAGUCACGCCCGUGUCGUUACCAGGAAUGCCUUCAAUCACGGUCAGUGCAACUUUGCCUGUCUCCACAAUGCAAGAAAUACACCAGCAACAGACAUUACAACAGCCAGAUUUGCUGUCGUGAAAAUACACAAAUUUAUUUUACCAAUUAGAAAUUUUUUCCAAUAUUCCGCAUACUUUUAUGUUACGUUAUAAUAUUUAUAUUCAAUAUUAUUAUUUAUAAAUGAAUUCUGGCAACUGUUGACUUAUCAAUGUUACCAAUGUAUUUCCGACUAUAAUUAGUAUGAUAAGGACGGUAUUGGCGUAUGAAAAAUAUGAAAUUAUAUCGGCCAAAGGUAUAAAUGAAAUCAUUGUGGCAAUGAUUUAGCAUCAGUAUAGAUUCUUUUUAUGACUGUAUUUGUUUUAUUUGCAAUUUUCUGACUGAAAAUCGAAGGCAGUUUAGUGCUUAACAAAAGCAUUUUACGAAACAAGUUUAAGGGCCGGUCGCAUCAAACCGUCUGUCACCGUUAAAGCUUUCGAUAAAUUUUAUUGUAUGGGAAGUUCCAUAGACUACUGCUGGGUGACGAUGAUGUGUCUGUCUAAUGUGGUUGAUGUAACUGGCCCUUAAAGUUAAUGCUGUGAUGUUAAAUCGAAUCUACAUUACCUACGGUAUCCACAGACAUUUUGAUUUUUUUACUUACCUAUCUGCCUUCUAAUGUUUAUGUUAUCAAUUAUGUCGUGAUUAAAAUUAAAAUGAAACGAAACAUAAAA